AUGCCUGAGAUCAAGCGCGUCGCAGUCGCCGGUGCUACCGGCAACAUUGGACCUGCUAUCGUCACGGAACUUGUCGAGGCAGGUUUCGAAGUGACUGUGUUCAGCCGCUCUUCAUCUGCCAAGACUGACUCGCGUGCUCGUGUUCAACAAGUCGAUUAUGAUUCCAAGGAGUCGCUCGUGGCGGCCCUCAAGGACCAAGAUGCUCUUGUGAACACCCUCCCCAUGAACGUCAUCCCCCUCGAUGUUCACUUGCGGAUCCUUGACGCUGCCCGAGCCGCUGGAAUCAAGCGAUAUCUUCCAUCCGAGUUUGGAUGUGAUUUGUCGGACAAGGAGAUUGCAUCGCUGCCUGUCUUCGCCGACAAGGCGACAAUUGGUGACAAGUUGAGCGAGACAUCCCAGCAGGAUCCAUCCUUCACCUGGACCAGAGUGUACACUGGUCCCUUUUUUGACUGGGGUAUUGAAAUGAACUUCUUCAUCAAUCUCAAGGGCCCUUCUACCGAGAUCUAUAACGGGGGCGACGUACCCGUCAGUUCCACCAACGUCGCCGGCGUGGGCCAAGCAGUCGUGGGCGUGUUGAAACAUCUCGAAGAGACGAAGAACCGCUGCGUCUUCGCCUCGAACACCACCUUCUCUCAGAACAAACUCCUGGAGCUGUCGGGUAACGCGGACAAGGUCAAGCGAGUGGAUGUCAAGGCGGAAGAUCUUUUGAAGCGAGCCGACGAGGCGCUGAAACAGUCUUCGCCGGAUUUCAAGACUGCCUUUGUCAGUCAGAUUCUGUAUGCCAUCUUUGCUGGAAAGUUUGGUAAUCACUUUACCAAGACUGAUAACGAGCUGCUCGGGGUGAAGUCCUUGUCGGAGGCCGAACUCACUGAAGUGGUGAAGAAAUAUGCGUAA